AUGCUGGACUGGUUACAAGCCUUUCAGAUAUAUGCUGCCGUAUGGAUUAUUAUCUUCAUAGGCCUUCUUUGCGGUGGUUUGAAGAUCUUUACUCCAAAGGAUGUUUAUUCAAUUCGUAGAUUAGUUUAUUUAGUACCGAUGGCUGCAAUGCUUUUCCGCGAAAUAGGUAAUAGUAAGCUUAAGAAAGACACAUGGAUGUCUUUUCUCCAAGCUGUUUUAGUUCAAGGCGUUUUACACAUCAUAUCUUUAGUUUAUGCUUUCAUUUAUCAUCCUGACGAAUCCGUUUCCAUGAAAUUCCUUAAGAAUGCGAUGUCUUUAUGCCAAACAGACUUCUUAUACUAUGCAGUUCCAAUUUCUCAAAUCUUAUUUACACCAUCUAUCGCUGCUCACGCUGCAUUAGCAUGUUUCCUUCAAUACCUUUGCAUAGUCCCACUCCAUGAGAUACUUGCACUCACAUUUAUUCCAGACUGUGAAAAGAAAAUGAAUACGAAACAUGAACCACAAGAUCCAGUACCUCCUCUUGAGCCAAAAGAAGUUCCAAAUGCAGACCAAGAAGAAGAGGAGGAAAUGGCUGAUGUUUCUUCAACAGGAGAAGUAGAAGUUAUUGAUGAAAACGGAAAUCCUCAUAUUGUUAAAGUACAAGAAGAUGAGCUCGAAGAAGAUCAUCAUGAAGAUCAAAGCCAAAGCUACAGCAAGCCAAACGAAGCAAACAAUUCCGAUAAUCAAAAUAAAGAAUCAAAUACACCAACAGACACGCCAAAAGAAGAGGAACCACAAGAAACAAAGCAAGAACCACCUCCACCAGAUGUUCCUACUGAUAAACCAGCCCAAAAACCUGCAAAAUACUGGUCAAAGAAUUGGCUUAUUUUCUGGGCUUUUGUCAACCAAUUUACCAUCUGUGGAAUUCUCGGAAUCAUUUGGAGCGCGAUCGGAAUCUCAAUGCCAAAGUUUUUGGAGGGAUUAGUUACAGAUCUCGAAAAAGCCAUCUUCGCAGCUGGUUUAUUCUGCAAUGGUGUCGUUAUCUGGAACCAUUCCUUCAAGAAUGCUCCAGUUUUGGACGUAAUUGUUGCUGUAUUAUGCCAUUUCUUCGUAGAACCAGCACUUUCUUGGGGAUUUUCCGCAUUAAUUGGUCAGGACAAGGAUGUUACAAAGUUCCUUAUCUUGUCAAAUGCAGCUCCUGUCGCAAUGUACGCUUAUCACCUCUCAUUAACCUUCGAACUUGGAGAAUCAAUGAUUUCUUAUAGCUUGUAUUGGACAUCCGUACUAACUCUCCCUGUUUAUCUCAUUUGGACGGCAAUUAUUAAUUAUGCACCUUAUUUUAAAUAA